AUGGGUCACGCUGGAAAUGCAAUCAAAAAGCUAUUGGAUACAAGAGUGACUGCAUUAAAGCAUGCACCUUUAGAUUUACCCCCAAUUACUAGCCCUCUCCUAAUAAGCUUUGAAAGAUGGUCCGAUAAAAGGAAAAAGUUGUUCUUCGAUGAUGAGGAAACUAUGAAAUCCUCGAAUGUUCACAAUUUAAAUCUGAAAGAUAAUUUAUUUGCCAAUUUGCUUUCGGCCCCCAUGAGGUCAGAAAAGCUUACGAGGGUGAAGCUACCCAAAGAUAUGUUAAUGCAGCUUAAUCUCGAAACCACAGAAAGCUCUUCUUCAAAAACCCGUCUCCGAUUGAAUGCUACCAUAAAUCAUAAGAGGAGAGGCAGAAGCUCAUACGUUAUCAAUUCUUGCAGAAUCCUUGACCAAAAUAGGAAAAUGGUGAAUUCUUGGCUUCCCAUGCCACCUUCGAUAUCAAGCGUGCAAUACUUCGAAAUACCAGACGUUGAAAUACCUACUGAUCUAUUUAGUAAAUAUGGAGAUGACCUUUUUGCUAUUCUUUUGAAGUCUCUGGAAAAACGUGAUUCAGCUCACUCAACUAAAACGACUAACCAGAUCAAUGAUUGGGAUGUGAUCUUAACUAAUGAUAAAGAACGAAACUCAAUGGUUGCACUAAUGAAAGUUUUGAUAAAUGGUGCUGAUAAUACAUUGAUUAAUUUUAACCUUCCUUCUUUUGCUGAAAACGAAUGGGAAGAGAUCAGAAAAGUUAAUAAUUUACUAUAUGAGGACGGCGUAGUACUAAAAAGUAAUGGCGACGAAAAUACAAUCAAAUUAUUAUACAAAUACAUUAUGUACUCAAUAUGA